GUUGGGCUCAAACGAAGGUCUAGGGGUAAACGAAGGUGUCAACAACAACAACUAUCCAGAACACAGACGAACACAGGACGAACAUAAAAUAUAAUCAAUUAAUCAUACCUGUCAAGAAAUCCAAUCGUCUAAUUUUCACCAUGACCGAAUUCGAUGUUGAAGAAGUCUUUACCGUCGCAUUGAAAGCAGUGAAAGAUGCAGGAGAAAUUAUCAAAGAAGCAUUCUACAAGAAGAAAGCUGUGCUCACUAAAUCAUGUGCUGUCGAUCUCGUAACCGCAACUGAUCAGGCGGUGGAGAAAAUGUUGAUUGGUAGAAUCAAAGAAAAUUUCCCUAACCACAUGUUUAUAGGAGAGGAAUCAGUGGCAGCAGGAGAAAAGUGUGACCUGACGGAUGAACCCACCUGGAUUGUUGACCCAAUUGAUGGAACAAUGAACUUUGUACACUCAUUUCCUCAUUCCUGCAUAUCACUAGCAGUGCUGUACCAUAAAGAUAUCCACAUUGGCAUAAUCUACAAUCCAAUUUUAGACCAAAUGUUCACUGCCAAACUUGGUCAAGGAGCUUUUUUAAAUGAUAAACCCAUUCAGGCCUCUGAAGAAACAGAAUUGGGAAAAUCUCUUGUCAUUGCCGAGUAUGGUUGCGGUUGGGAUAUCCAAACAAUGGAAAGUGUACUUAAAAAUAUAACAGCGCUUAUGAACAAAGUUCAUGGGCUUAGAGCUAUGGGAAGUGCUGCAUUGAACAUGGCCUCGGUCGCUUCGGGUGGAGCAGACUGCUACUUUCAAUACGGGAGCCACGUGUGGGAUAUAGCCGCUGGAACGUUAAUUGUAAGGGAAGCUGGAGGUAUUUGUAUCGACACGGAAGGAGGACCAUUGGAUCUGAUGUCUCGGCGGAUGAUUUGUGCGUCAUCUGAAAAACUGGCCCUUCAAAUCAUUCCUCUUCUUACGCCAUUGAUAUUAGAAAGAGACUAACGUCGACUAACACAAAAUUAUGUUCUUAUCUGGCUUAAUUUCAUUUGAAAGUUUUGUGGUGAUCUCAAAUGUGUCUGCUUAGCUAUCAGGUAAUUUGCACUUUUGCAGAUAUAUUAAAAUGUUAAGAUUCAGCGGUAUUAAAUAUUUUCUUAUUU